AUGUGGAACUCCAUUUUAAUAGGAGCAGCUUCUUUGCUGCAUUUUUAAAAAAUGGUCUUGGAAGCUUCUUACUUCCGAGAAGUGGAUCUUUGUUGCGGACAAAGGAUUAUUUAUGCUAAAGGAAAAUGUAUUCCCCACUGAAUUAGCUCGUGGGAAGCAUAACAAGCUCAUUAGGAAUGCUCACUUGUACUUUGGCCUUUUGCUGUGGUGGAGAGAAGGGAAAAUGACAUCAAAAAGGACAUUCUGUUGUCUUUUGCCUUCCUGCAAAGAAAAUGUAUUAUAAUGUUAGGCUUUUCAGUAUGGUUUAGCUCAGGUUCAACUCUGGUACUAGAAGAAUGUUCCUGAAAGGAAAGUGAAAAGAAAUUUCAUUUCAACAUAGGUGACUAUGCAGCCUGCAAUUCAAGUAUGGUUUGGAGAAGAUCUGCCUCUAAGUCCUCGGAGUCCUCUGACCCCCAGACAUGGACCAGGAUUGGCUAAUGUUUGUCAGUAUGAUGAGUGGAUAGCUGUGAGGCAUGAAGCCACUCUGUUGCCCAUGCAAGAAGAUCUAUCAAUCUGGUUAUCUGGUUUAUUAGGUAUUAAAGUUAAGGCAGAAAAAUUAUUGGAAGAACUUGAUAAUGGAGUACUACUAUGUCAACUGAUUGAUGUUCUUCAAAACAUGGUGAAAACAUGCAACUCUGAAGAAUCAGGGAAUUUUCCAGCGAGAAAAGUGCCCUGUAAGAAAGAUGCUGCAUCAGGUUCAUUCUUUGCUCGGGACAAUACCGCAAACUUCCUUCACUGGUGUAGGGACAUUGGGGUUGAUGAAACUUACCUCUUUGAAUCUGAAGGUUUAGUUUUGCACAAAGAUCCAAGACAGGUGUAUCUUUGCCUUCUUGAAAUUGGUCGAAUUGUGUCAAGAUAUGGGGUUGAGCCACCAGUGUUAGUAAAACUUGAGAAAGAAAUUGAGUUAGAAGAGACCUUGCUUAAUACUUCUGGGCCUGAAGAUUCCAUCACCAUUCCAAAAUCGUGCUGUCAGCAUGAAGAGCUACAUGAAGCUGUAAUAUUACAGCUUUACUUUUUAUUUUCCUUUUGGGGGCAGAUGCUUCAUGGAAAACAUGUCAUGGUUCGCGUUGGUGGAGGCUGGGAUACUCUUCAAGGAUUUUUGCUUAAAUAUGACCCCUGUCGAAUAUUACAGUUUGCCACACUGGAACAAAAAAUUUUAGCAUUUCAAAAAGGAGUUUCUAAUGAAAGUGUACCUGAUUCGCCCGCCAGAACACCUCAGCCUCCUGAAAUGAAUCCUUUGUCAGCAGUUAACAUGUUUCAGAAACAAAAUUCAAAACCCAGCAUGCCAGUUCGUAUUCCAAAAAGCAAGGAAAAACAGGGACGUCCACCAGGUGCAUUGGUGCCACCAUCUUCACUGAAAGGAGCUAAUCUGGGCCCUAUGUCAGUCCGUUCUAAAUCGCCACAUUCUCCCGCAGCAUCGUCUCAUCCCAAGCUCAAGUCUUCAAGAGGCAUAACAAAGAAACCGCAGCCUUCUUCAAAUAAUGCAUCAUCUUCACUUGCUUCAUUAAAUCCAGUAGGUAAAAACACUUCUUCACCAGCUUUACCAAGAACUGCACCUUGUAUAUCUGAGUCACCAAGAAAAUGUAUUGCAUCCCCCAGUACCCCUAAGGCCAAGGUUAUUCCAGCCCAGAAUUCAACAGAUGUGCCUGAGUCCACACUUUUGCCAAAUAAGUGUUCUGGAAAAACUCAACCUAAGUAUUUGAAACAUAAUCAUAUUUCUUCCAGAGAUAGUGCAGUAUUUCACUUAGCUGCACAUUCAAAUUCAUCCUCAAAGUGUCCCAAGCUACCUAAAGCAAAUACACCUGUAAGACCUAAACCUUCUUUCCAGUCCUCUGCAAAAAUGACAAAAUCCAGUUCCAAAAACAUAGCCACGGGUCUAGGAACACAGUCUCAACCAUCCGAUGGUGCCCCACAAGCAAGGCCAGUCCCAGCACAGAAACUUAAAUCGGCCUUGAAUUUAAAUCAGCCAGUUUCUGUGUCCUCAGUUUCUCCUGGAAAAGCUACACAGAAAUCAAAAGAUAAGAAUAUAGUUUCAGUUACCAAAAAGCAGCCUCAGAGUAAAAGUACUUUUCAGAAGACAGAACCCAGCUCCUCGAAGUCUCCUGGCCGGACCCCAUUGUCCAUCGUGAGCCUUCCCCAGUCUUCUACCAAAACACAAACUGCGCCGAAGGCAGCACAGACUGUCGCUAAGGGCCAGCAUUCAACUAAAGGGCCUCCCAAAAGUGGCAAAACCCCAGCUUCAACCAGGAAACCACCCUUAUCUGUUAAGGAUGCAGAUAGUGGAGAUAAAAAACCUACUGCAAAGAAAAAGGAAGAUGAUGACCAUUAUUUCGUCAUGACCGGAAGUAAGAAACCUAGAAAAUAAAUACAUAGUCAUUAUAAAAAAAGAGAAAAAGAAGAGUGAAUGUGUUAGCUUCACAUCUUAAAAGUUUCUCCUGUUUGUGUCUGUCUAAAUAGGUGCAGACACUAAGGAUAGUGAGGAUGGAGGUUGGGAUGAGGAAAGGGUUCAUCAGAAUUCACAUAUCUGAAUUCAGAAGGAGCCCUUCUGAAGCAAACAGUUGUAAAAUCACUGCAAGGUUUUUAUUAAUAAGAGACAUGUAUAUGAUUUUCAGUCUAUAGCAUCUUUGUUAACAUCUGCCUGUUGCAGGAAAUGUAAAAGUUACUUAACACUACAAGAAUUUUAACAAUAGUUGCUCUAUUUUUGAAUAUGUAUUAAAUAUGGAGUUCAUAUACCUGCUAAUACCAACGAUGGUGCUCUUACUAUUAGGUCAUUGCAUUUUGG